AUGACUCUCCCGCGAAUCAAUGUGAUUGUUUCUGUUUCUAAUAAUGGAGGCAUUGGACUAAACGGUAAACUUCCGUGGCAUUUGAAGGGGGACAUGGAGUUUUUCUUAAACACCACAAAGAAAGCUGUUCCCGACAAAAUGAAUGCAGUAGUGAUGGGGAAGAAAACGUGGUUCUCCAUCCCUGCUAAAUUCAGACCUCUUCCUGGUAGAAUCAAUAUGAUUCUUUCCUCAUCUCCAUUCGAAUCAAAUGAAAACUGCAUGUGGUUCAAGAAGUACGAUGAGUGCGUGAGCGUGAUCGAAGAUUUGUUCGAGAAGGGACGAGUGGACCAAGUUUUUAUAAUUGGGGGAGCUCAAGUAUAUAGUGAAGCUCUUAAUCAAAAAAAGUAUCCCGUGAGAAUAUACUGUACUCACGUGCUCAGCGAUGUUGAGCAUGACGUGAAGUUCCCAUUUGAUUCCUGGGACUCAUUGGUUCCUGUAUUCCUGCCUGAAGUUCCUACUGACAUUAUACAGGAGGGAAACUUAAAAUACAGAUUCGCUGUUUACGACUUUGCUUAG